GUUAACUUUUUACUGCUGUUGGACACGCCUUCCAGCUCUAGGGACCUUUGUUUCUUAGCUGUAUUCCCUCUUGAAAGUGAAACAUAACUACAGGUGGGCUCCUCCAGCUCACAGCAAGACUUUAGUUUCGUCUUCCUAUACUUGCACCAACUUUAACUUACUUUAACUUAUUAUCCUGGGUGACUGUGGUCUGCUAGGAUACUUUGUUAGACCACGCUGUGUUUUUAUUCACCUACUUGUAUCUGCACCUGCUGUGUGGAGCGGUGAUGGAGCAGGAGGCGGUGCCGCUGGUGGCUGAAGCAGAGCGGGCAGAUGGUGCACAGGAAGGAGCGCUGUUACACUGCACAGGUGCUUGUUGUCAUGGAGGAGCAAAGAUGGCGGUCCUGGCCUAUAGCCUGGGCAAACGCGAAAUAAAUCAACAUUUUACCAUCAAAAAUGCCAAAUUGAUAUCGAUAGCAGUCGUCAUCCUACUCCUCGUGUUUCACACUGCUUCGCGCUACUAUGGAGGCGGAGACUCAUGUGAAUGGCUGCUCUCCAGAGGACGUUUCUUGGGGGAGAACGUAUGGCAGCCUUAUGGCUGCAUGAUGCACAAAUACAAAAAUAUUGAAGCCAAAAACUGUCUUGCUGAAAAGCGAGUGGCCUUUCUUGGCGAUUCACGAAUCAGGCAGCUAUUUUACUCCUUCAUCAAAAUUAUUGAACCUGAGCGAAGAGAAGAUGGAAACAAGCACGAGGACAUUUCCUUUGAAGAUGAGAGUUCCUCUCUUCAUGUGAACUUCCUGUGGUAUCCGGAGGCAAAUAAUUCAAUGAAGGAGCGCUUGAUAUCAUGGACACACGAAGGUUCACCAGUGCCAGAUGUUGUAAUCCUCGGAGCUGCAACAUGGUCCAUCAAGUUGCGUGGUGGCAGCAGCGAGGCGCUGCAGCAGUACAAAGUCAACCUGACAUCCAUUGCUGUGUACCUGGAGAAGCUGGCUGAACAUGCAGAGGUCUACUGGGUCUUGCAAGACCCAGUAAAUGAGGAGGUGUUGAGUGAGAACAGGAAAAUGAUCACUAACCAACAGCUGGAGCUGUACAAUGCUGCGGCGGAGGAUGUGCUCAACAGCAGCAAGCGUAGCGGCAGGUCCCGGAUCAAGCUGUUGGCUGCGACCCGCCAGGCUGCGCUGGAAAUGAUCACCCAGUCAGACGACGGCUUGCACCUGCCUGAGAGCGCCAGGAAUGUGGGAGCCAUGGUCCUCAUGAACUCUGUGUGCAACAAGCUACUGAGGCCCAUUGAUGGCUCCUGCUGCCAGAAGUUGCCACCCCCAAACCUCCUGCAGAAAUUGUCAGCGAUUUUCUUCCUGGGCUCGGCCCUGGUCUUCCUGGUCCUCCAGGUCCUUGGUAACAACCGUCACCGCAGACCCGUGCCCCCAGAUGUGGAGAGCCUAGAGGAGAAGAAGCCAGCAACUGCAGCUGUCCUCCUGGGUCCAAAGGCACCGUUCCAGGCCCUCUGCAGGAUGGGCAUCAUCAUGGCUUAUUUUUACCUUUGUGACAGAGCCGACGUGUUCAUGAAAGAGCAAAAGUUUUACACUCACUCCACGUUCUUCAUCCCUCUCAUCUAUAUAUUUGUCCUGGGUGUGUUCUACAAUGAGAACACAAAGGAGACCAAAUUACUCAACCGAGAGCAAACAGAUGAGUGGAAAGGCUGGAUGCAGUUGGUCAUCCUCAUCUAUCACAUAUCUGGAGCCAGCGCUUUCGUUCCAGUGUACAUGCACGUGCGGGUGCUGGUGGCAGCGUACCUUUUCCAGACUGGCUACGGACACUUUUCCUUUUUCUGGCUCAAAGGAGACUUUGGACUUUAUAGAGUCUGCCAGGUGCUUUUCCGUCUAAAUUUCCUCGUGGUGGUUCUGUGCGUGGUAAUGGACAGACCCUACCAGUUCUAUUACUUUGUCCCAUUGGUCACCUUCUGGUUUGUCGUCAUCUACGCCACGCUGGCCAUGUGGCCUCAGAUCCUUCAGAAGAAGGCCAACAAUAGUGGCUUGUGGCACCUCGGGGUCUUGGCGAAGUUACUGGGCCUCCUGCUGUUCAUCUGCGCCUUUGCCUAUUCACAGAGUUUCUUUGAGCAUGUCUUCUCCGUGUGGCCAAUCUCCAAGCUCUUUGAGCUGAAAGGAAACAUCCACGAGUGGUGGUUCAGAUGGAAGCUGGACCGAUUUGCGGUGAUACACGGCAUGUUUUUUGCCUUCCUCUAUCUGGUGCUCCAGAAGCGCCAAGUGAUGUUGGAGGGCAAAGGAGAGGCUCUCUUCUCUGGCAAGAUUUCCAACCUGCUCCUCUUCCUCUCUGUCGUCUCCUUCAUAACGUACUCAAUAUGGGCCAGCAGCUGCAAAACCAAAACCGAGUGCAACGAGAUGCAUCCCUACAUCUCUGUGGUCCAGAUUUUGGCCUUCAUUCUCAUCAGGAACAUUCCUGGCUACGCCCGCUCUAUAUAUAGCUCAUUCUUUGCAUGGUUUGGAAAGAUCUCCUUGGAGCUGUUCAUAUGCCAGUACCACAUCUGGCUGGCAGCGGACACCAAGGGGAUUUUGGUCCUGAUCCCAGGAAACCCUUCACUUAACAUCAUGGUCAGCACCUUCAUCUUUGUUUGCGUGGCUCACGAGAUCUCCCUCAUCACCAAUGAUUUGGCCCAGGUGGUCAUCCCCAAAGACAGCGUGGCCCUGCUGAAGAGACUGGGGGCCGUCGGGGUCUUCUGUCUGGUUGCAUUGGUGCUCACCAGGGGCAACCAGCCCGGAGCCUAAUGGACACCAUUUAAUAUGGGGGGAACAACAGGCUCGCCAAGCUCCCCCCGCUGAGGUUGAGCUCCAGAUCCAAGCCUAGUGUUUUGGCUUAGUGGUGGCCACAGGAGUCGACCUCAGUUGUGUUGAAUGACAACACAGGGACCCGGUGGAGGACAGUGUCUCUGCUGGCCGUGUCUGAGCAGAGUCUGUACUUUUUGACUGCUGUGAAAGUCGCACACUGAAUAAAUGGAGAGAAAAAAAAAAUGCUCAAAGAAGCGGUAGCUCCUUUCAGGGCAAAGUGCAAAUUUGUAGAGAGAAAAACAAAACACUCAAAAAGUUUACAUUAUCUGGAUUCAACAGAAGAACAGAAGAGAAAUUUGGAGACGUGGAAUUUCAUUUAAACAAAAGAGGUUGUCAUUUUAAGACCUCAUGCUUGCUGUGUGAAUUUUUGCAGCGUUGCUUCUAUUUAGCCAAACACUCUAAUAAGACGUUUAUUUUGUCACAUACAGAACUUCUGAUCAUAAUUUCACUCUGGAAGGGAUCACUAGGCCCACACUCCGUCCACAUGGCAGUAGCAGCUGAAGGUGUUUUCACUCAGGUUGAUCCAUAAUCUACAUAUUCAGAUUUCCACAAAAAAAAAAUCAUAAUAAUAAAUUGUGCUGCAUUUUAUUAUCAACAUUACUUUGUAUAGUAUUUCUGGUGACUUUAAAAUGGUGUUCGAUAUCUAAAUAUGCAAAAUAUGGACCAACAACUGGCUCGGGUGAUUUAAAAAAACGAAAACAAAACCCUGUCGAGACAAAAUUUGGAGUGCAAUUGUUAAAAAUGUUGGAUUAUCCCGCAACAUAUUUUUGCUAAUGUUUUUGUGAGUGAUUUUAGAAAUGUUUGCCUUGUGCUGAAAGGUACCGUGGUCACCUGCUGUACUGUAGCUCUGAAAUUCUAUGUGAUAUGUACAGUAUUUAAUGAUUUAAAUUAAGCUUAUAUUUUAUACUUUGUUUUUUUUUUUGGAUGGGGGGGCUUUGUUUUAUUUUGUACUUUGCGCUCAUGACUGCUGUUUGUGAAGGAAGUAUUAUAUGGAUAAUUUUGUAGCCAUCCCAGCAUCUCAUAGAUGAUCACUUGCCUCAGAGACGCAUUGCAGAGGUUGAGCCUUUACAGUCUAAUACCCAUCUGUCCUAUUAGCUCACUUCAUAGUCUGUGUAUAUUUGUAUGAUAGAGUGAGAGACUUUAUUUUAUACAGCAGCGUUUUUAGUCCUCUUUCAUUGCCGUUGAAAACAUGCCUCUUGGCUCCGGUGGAAAAUGCACUGGCUUGCACAUAUUAUUAUACAAUAGGAAUAACCGCUAAAUAUACAACCUCCUGCUGUCACAGCCAGUGAAGUUUUUGUUCAGUGAGUGAAAAAAAUUUUUUUUUUUAGACUGAAUGCCUUUGAACAUACAGCUUCUCUCAGUGGCUUAUACAUCUUCAGAUGUACGUUGCCACAUCUGUGAUCAAAACCUCACGUCUGUUAGGCACUUUGGACCACAUCAACCUUUGAAAACAACUGCUAAGUGAUGCACUGAUUGAGCUGAGAAGACAUUAUACUGUUGCUUAAAAGGAAAAUAUUGUUUAUUUUCUCAGCUGACAAAUGAGAGAUGUCUUUGUAACCGUACAGACAUUUAAGAGAGAUGAGCACUUUCAUAUUAAGACCUGCAUCUUUGCCCUGACAUACAAUGUUUUACAUGGAACCAGUGCGGAAACUUUCUGUACUUUAACACAUUUUUAUUAGGUAAAUGAAAUGUUUUCAAGGUCAUUUGGCAGAUAAAAAAAUUCUGAUGUUGUACAAUCCAAGCUGUAUUGCUAAUGAAUUUUGAGUUGCAUGUUUUCUCUACCAUCGGGUAGUAAAAGAUUGCUUUCUCAAAUUAUUUUUUACACAUUUAUGUAGCUUCUCUUUAAAAGAAAAACACGGGUCCACAAAGAAGGAACUUCUUUCCAGUGGAGCAACUUCUCUGCAGCUUUCAAUGCUUCAUGUGUUUUUUAUCUCAUGUGCUUAUUCUCAAACUGAAUAAGAGCCAAGUAAAUUUGUUAUUUCUAUAACCAGUCAUCUCCUCAUUGUAUAGAUGAGAAAGUGCAUUUCCAUGCUGCAGUUUCCAUUGGUGUGUGAAGUUUACUGAGAUCUGUUUUCCCGUCUUUUAACUGAUCAACAGCUAUAAAUUUGGUAAUUGUUUCAGGCCUUAAUAGAUCUUUUUGGUCGUGUAAAAGCAACAACUAUUUAUACCCCUGUGCAGGGCCUCUUUGAAAUAUGUUACAUGUACAAAUUUUUGUGAUGUCUUAAAAAUGUGAAAUGUAUCCAUAUUAUUUAUAAAUGCCUUUAUUCUGUUGUACAUUGUUAAUACCUUCAUAUAAUGUGCUUUUUUGGCUUCUUUUUUGGACAAAAAUAUACCUUUCAUGUCAUUCAGA